CUGAGCGAACGCACUUGAUUGCUUCUGUAAAGUAUUGCUCUGCAGCGAGUGGGACGGGCGAGAGAAACUUGGGUUACUUUCGCUCCAUCCUAUAUCCCCACUUCACUGUGCGCUCCCCUGCGACUCGGCGCUCGCAGACGGAAUGCUGAAGGUGUGUUGAUAUUGCUGGGGAUACAGUGAGACCAUUCACUUCCACUCCGACUUGGAUUUUGCAGCCAUGACCCAGGGACUUUUUGAGCAACUGCUAUUUUAAUAGUGCGAAACUCAAGAGGACCGAGAGGCAGACAGCCUACUUUCAAUCCAUAAAGGUGCAACGGAGGAGGCCUGGGAAGACAUCAGAAUAAAACUGUGGACCAGUGAGACCCCUGCCCCCCACCAUGUACACAGCAUCUCUCACUACCUUCUGUGUUGCUUUGCUGCUUACCUGCAGCAAUGAAGCUAGGCCAAAUGGGAAGAACAAGAAGCAAAGACAAGUUGUUCCUGCUAUAGAGUGUGAUGUGAGGGCAGGGAAGAUCAAUCUCCAGGAAUUCAUUGCAAAAUGCCCUGCUGACUGUAGGGAGACUAAGCAGCCAGUGUACGGGACAGGCGUGUUCGCAUCCAUCUCCAGCAUCUGCAACGCUGCCAUCCACAGCGGAAUCAUUACUAACAUUGGCGGCAAGGUGAUCGUCAAGAAGACGGCGGGACAGUCGUCCUACAAGGGCAGCUUCUCCAACAGCAUACGCUCCCUGUCCCUGCCCAAGUGGAGGGAGUCCUUCAUCGUUUCAGUGGGUAAACCAAAGAAGGGCGUGAUCUACCCAUCCACCCUGGACUACGCCCCAGCACGACCCACUAUAGUAAAAACAGCCCCCCCAGUCACCACCGUCCUGCCAACCACGCCGGAGCCGACCACGACCACCACCACCACCACCACCACCACCACCACCACCCAGCCCCCGAGCAUCGGUACAAAGCCCCGCGCUGUCGUCCACAAAGCCAGGGACGCCGGCAGCAUUCACCCAUACUUGGCGGUGAGCAGCCCCAGGCAGACCCAGAAUUCUCCAGGAAAGACUCCAGCAUUCAGGGGCAGCUCCUACCCCAGCAGAUUUUCUCCGCGCACAAACCAAGGUAUACGACGGCCGGAUGCAGUGCCGACCAUCCGGAGGCAACCGGGAUCUCCCUCUGUGCCAGCUUUCAACAGAGUGCCCGCCUCGGUCCCGGACAGGAACCCGCAGCCGGCCCAGCCCAACCCCGCUUCGGCCAGGAGGAACGGGUCGCCCCCCUCGUACCCGCGCCCCGACUGGUUCGCUGGACCUCGACGGCCCACAGAUGUUAGUCACGCUAAUCCAGAUUCGGGGUACACGUGGAGUGAGGCAGAGCCCCCCGAAACAGCAGUGCGAGAGCCCAGGCCUGGUGCAUCAGAGUAUGAGCGCUGGUAUUAUGAAUUUGGACAGUACAUGCCCAGGUCGGGAGAGACGGACGACAGCCGAAGAAACGGCCCCGACUCCACGCACACCAGAGUCGAGCCGGUGGACGCCUGGAAGCCCGAGGUCAACCCCGUUGACUCAGCCCCCGCUGUCCGGGAGCAGGACUCACCACUCCGGGUCCAAGCGACCUCCUCCCAGGGAGAUCCAAACUGCAAGGUGGACAUCGCCUUCCUGAUGGAUGGCAGUUGGAGCAUUGGGAAGCGUCGCUUCAAGAUCCAGAAGGACUUCCUGGUGGAGGUGGCCCAGGUCAUCAACGUGGGCCUGGCUGGUCCUAUGAUGGGCAUUAUCCAAUACGGGGACGACGCCAUAACUGAGAUCAGUCUGAAGGCUUUUUCCAGCUCCAGAGACCUGAAACCUGCGAUAGACAAGAUUGUCCAGAAGGGGGGGCUGUCCAACGUAGGGAAGGCUCUGUACUACAUCAACAAGCACUACUUCAGCGACGCCAACGGCAACAGGGGCGGGGCUCCCAACGUGGUGGUGGUGCUGGUGGACGGCUGGCCCACGGACAAGGUGGAGGAGGCCUCCCGAUUGGCCAGGGAGUCCGGCAUCAACAUCUUUUUCGUCACCAUCGAGGGUCCGGAUGAGAACGAGAAGCAGAACGUGGUGGAGGCCAACUUCGUGGACAAGGCGGUGUGCCGGACGAACGGGUUCUACUCGCUGCCGGUCUCCAGCUGGUUCGCGCUGCGGAAGGCGGUGCAGCCGCUGGUGAAGCGCGUGUGCGACACGGACCGGCUGGUGUGCAGCAAGACCUGCCUGAACGCCAACGACAUCGCCUUCGUCAUCGACGGCUCCAGCAGCGUGGGCACCGGGAACUUCCGCACCGUGCUGGAGUUCGUGGCCAACGUGACGCGGGAGUUCGAGAUCUCGGACACGGACACGCGCGUGGGCGCGGUCCAGUACACGUACGAGCAGCGGCUGGAGUUCGCCUUCGGCCAGUACGACAGCAAGGCCGAGCUGCUCGACGCCAUCAAGCGCAUCAACUACUGGAGCGGCGGCACCAGCACGGGCGCCGCCAUCACCUACGCCUCCGAGCAGCUCUUCAGCAAGUCCAAGCCCAACAAGCGCAAGAUCAUGAUCGUCAUCACCGACGGACGCUCCUACGACGACGUCCGGGCGCCCGCGCUGGCGGUACACCGCACGGGGGUGAUCGCCUACUCGGUGGGCAUCGCCUGGGCGGCCCAGGACGAGCUGGAGUACAUCGCCACCGACCCGGACAAAGAGCACUCCUUCUUCGUGGACGAGUUCGACAGCCUCUAUAAGUUCGUGCCCAAGAUCAUCCACAACAUCUGCCAGGAGUUCAACUCACAGCCCCGGAACUGAACAGGGUCCGGGGACUGCCUUCUGCGGGUGGCGGUGUGUGUGUGGGGCGGGGGGACGGGGUCGGUUAGGGGGGUGGGAGUGGGUUGCCAUGGUGCUGUACCAUCAAGAUUUCAAAGGAGAGGUGGUGCUAUUUUAUUACUGAAGUUCAGUGGGCCAACACCAAGCCUACUGCUCCCUAAUUAAUAUCAUUGGCCUCACUUCUGAAACAACGGAGUGGGUUCCAAGGAAUUGAGUUGGAUUCACUUAAAAGACAAAGGUUGCAGAUGUGGAUCUAAAACGGAAAGGAAACGCUUUGAAAAUAAGCGUGUGAUAAUCGUGUAAAGUAUGAGGCUGCAUUCUCCAAUGGGCUUCAAGCUGACAGGGAAAGCUGGAAAGCGUUGAUGGGGUAUUGUAGCCGGGGCAAUGCACGGUGCCAUUUUGGCCAGGGCCGUUUUCAUGUAAAAAGUCCCAACAAAUAUUUCCUCCAGAUAUUUUUUAAAAAUAAUUAUAAUAAAUCUUUGUAUAUCAAUAAUACUUUCCUUCUAACAGUUGGAGGGGGCUUCUUUGUCUAACUGAAUCUCAGUAAAAGGCAGUUUUAGUCAAGCUUUUAAGAAAAUAACAGAAUAAGCAGGCAAGAGACUGGAACUUAGUUCAAAAACGAAUGGAGAAAGAGCAGGAUCUAUUGGCUGCAAAGUAUCCAUCACCGUGGACUUCGAAUCUCCCCACCUGGGAAGUCAAGAUUUCAGUCGACGUGCUGCUCAGAAAACUUAUUAUACAGAUUACACUAUAAUCACGAAUAGCACUUCUGCUGAUGGGUUUGUGUCGAGCAGGGCCCAAAUCCAUUCCACAGAGAGGAUCUGAUCCAAAGUGAGCGUGCCCAAUUUGUCAGUUUUGUGACAAACAAGGCAAAGCGAUCAUACCAUCUGCUCUUCUGCUACAAGACGGAGAGCAGAAACGCAGAAAUAAUCCGCUGUAGUAUGUUUUUCAUAACGCGGCCAAUAUAACUUCACUUCACGUACAUUUGCUGUUCUAUAGUUUAGUGAAAAAUGCACGAACGAGUGUGUACUGCGAUCACAAUUAACUGUGCAAGCAAACGGAUUGCUUGUGUACGGGGUUUAAACAAGUAUGGUCCAAUGGGAACAAAUCUGCAGUACCAUGAACUAUAGAACAGAGGGGGACUUCAAUAGGGGGUUUCUUACUCAUAGAAAAACUAUAAACACAAACUUCGUAUUUAAACAAAAAAUGUUCCUUGCACAAGUGAUUUUGGUCUUCUUUCUUUAUAUCCUGCCUUUUACCCCCAUCUGUUGAUGAGACAGAUGUGCCUCUUUUAUGUAGUCAAUGUAUUUACGUAACAUUCCUCUGUUUUUGUUUGUACAUAUACAUCUUCAAAACCUUUUGCUUGUGUUUUUUUUUAAAGAUGCUAAACAUAUUUGAUCAAUAUUUUAUUGCAAUUUUUAAUAAAAGUUUCUGAAAACA